CCUGCGUCACCCGGAAGUGAGGAGCGUUUGUUUACAUGGUUGCAGCGCGUCGAGAUGAAUCCUCCGAUGAUCAACUCCACAAACUCCGUGUCGACCACGAGAAGGAAGCGCGAGGCGGAGCGCUCUGUGAACUGGACGGUGGAGGAGACUCAGGUGCUGCUCUGCGCCUGGAGCGACGAGCGCGUCCAGAAGAGCCUGGCAGAGAACCUCCGCAACCGCCAUGUCUUCAAACACCUCUCGGCCCGCAUGAGUGAAAUGGGUUUCGCCCGGAGUCCGCACCAAUGCCGGCUGCGGGUGAAGACUCUCAAGGCCAAUUACGUGAGGGCCAAACUCCAGAGGGGUGUCCACAGCCCGCAGCAGUGCACUUUUAAAUACUUUGCGGAGAUGGACGCCGUGUUGGGACGGAGGUCGGCGGGAGGGGAGGGGGGGGUCGUUGUUGUUUGCCUCAUCGGAACAGACGGCGGACGGCAUCGACAGGACAGGAAGCGUCCCACACGAUUUUAACUCUAGCACUGAGAUGGGGGGGCACCAUUUUGGUCCUCUGGGGCGGACGGGGCGACAGCGCUCGAGCUCUCUGGAGCUGAGAGGCGCUCGUCAGUCCUGGCAGCUCAGCUCCGACGUCAAGUUGGAGGAGAGAGAGGAUUCAGAGGACGACUUUGAGUUCACGGACGCAGGAUUCUCACAAUGUCCGAGAGAGAGAGCCCGACCAGUUUGUCUGGAAUCACCUGUUCAUUUUGUAUAUAGUGCUCCUCCAGUGGAAACUGGCUUUAGCCCUCCUUCUCCACCUGUGGUGCUCCCUCCACCAUCUCCUCCCCCUCCUCCUCUUAUCCAGCCCGCCGCCUCUCCACUUCCUGCUCCACCAGAUCCAAACACCCUCCCCACUUCUGGCCGCCACCACCUCGAGUCCCCCCGCCUGGAACCCGUCCUCAAGCACCUGCUGGAGAGCUUCCAGCGGCUGGUGUCGGACACCCGGGGCCUGCUGGUGCAGCUGGAGAGCCAGCGGCAGGAGCAGGCCCGCUGGCACCAGGAGCUCCUGACCCAGUGGCUGGAGCGAGAGGAGCGUCGGCAGAGGGAGGCGGCGGAGAGGGAGGAGAGGAGGGAGAAGGCUCGCAUGGAGCACGAGAUCCGAGUCCUGGAGCUCCUCACCAGUCUGGGCAGAGAGCGUGGCUGUAAAUGUGGAGGCAGCCAGACUGCACCAGAGGCAGCGACUGGUCCCAGUCACAACUCGGACAGAAACAGAAACUAGGUUGUUGAGGAUUUAUUUUAAUGUUUGACCCAAAGAGUGGAAGAGGUGAGAUCAGGUGGAACCAAAUAACGGAUCUGAUCAUGGAGACCACCACGUUGAGGCAGAUUGGUUCACACUCCAGGAUGUUCUGCCAGUCACCGAAUAGUUUUAGCAAAACCCCACAAACCUGCACUGAACUCACAAUGACGGCAAGACUCCUGAUCACAGGACAGCAGGUUGUGUCCCAUGAACCAG